AACAAGCGAACAAUUUCUUUCGCCUAGCACAGAUCUUCCUCUCUUUUCUACUUUCUAUCAGAAACUUGGAACUAGUUUUCAAUGAAGAGCGAUAAGAAUAGUCAAGCGGGCAAAGGUAGAUCAUUUCACAGAAUAAUGAAGGCGCUGUCUCCACUGCCAUACCUUGGCAAAGCUCACGAUUAUUAUGUGAGAAGUCUGAACAAAUGGGCGGCGAAAGCCAAUUACAGCGGGCUGGCUGCAAGCGUUUCCUCUGCGACUACUCUGCCAAAGAGCUUCACCACAGCCUCCGCCAGAAAGGAUGACGAAUACGGUGAAGUCGUGAGGGCGGCGUCGCAGAGGAGGUGUUCGAGUUCGAGUUCUUCUUCAAAUUUAGGGUUAUACAAAUUGGCUUCUUCAGAGCAAGCGUUGGCGAGGAGUAGAAGUGCGGCGCCGUCAGUGGGCACGAUUCACGAGGACGGAACAUGCUACUUUCCCGCCAGUUUACCCAAGACCGUUAGCGCCGCUGCUUCGCCUUUACCCUCGCUCUAGCGCCUCUUCUGCGCCUUACAAUUUCCAACUUCAGUGAGGAGUUUUGCAUCUCUGGAGUAGCAGGGCUUGAUGUAUUUGUUUUUUCUGCUUGUUCUGUUCCUUUGGUUCUUCUGGUUGACUUGGGUAUUGGGUGGUGGUCGUUGGGCGUUUUAGGCCGACUGCGAAUAUUCUUACUGUGAUAAAUUUUACGAGGGGAAGUUUGAUGUCAUCAUCGUCAUUGUAAAUUGAGCUAUCGACCUACUCUUUUGCACAAUGUGUGUAUUAGUGUUUGGGUGGAUUACGCUAACUUUUGACUAUUGCAAUUCAAUUUAAUUAUGAGUUGCUUUCAUAUUGAAUGGAAAAAAUUGUAGUAGGUGUAAUGGUGAUAUCCCUUAUCUUUUGGGUCUAUGGCUAU